AUGUACAGGCGCUGUGUAAAACUGCGAAGAAAUAGGUCUUCAUCAAAAGAUACGUCAACUCAAUCCGCCAAAUCUUCGCCAAAGUACCAACUGCUUCUUCAAAAGCGGUUACUACUUAAAGGCCAUCAACUGAAGAUCGGAUUUGACGACCAAACGUCUCAACAAAAAUUUUACGAACAAUUGAAGAUCAUUCUUAGAGGCUCAAAAGGGGACAGGAAGUUUAAAAAACCCAGCAGACAUAGAACAACCCAAAAGAAAUGCUCGCGCGAUGCCCAACGAUGUCCCGAAAGAGAAGAAGAAAAUGCAGUUAAGGACAUUGACAACUUUAUGACGGAUAAUCAGAUCUAUGAGGCCCACACAAGCGGAGCUGUGAAAGUGAGGGUCAUACCCACUGAUCUAUCUUCGCGACUGAAGAUAAGUGGGAUCUACUUGCUGGAGGUCAGGGGACUUGACAUCCUGCUGCUCGACUACAUUAACCUUAUGCUCAUGCAUAAAUGGAGUUUUCGGUCUGUACGAAGACAAUCCACAGUUGUCCUGGGUCCUAUCAUUCUUACCAAUCAUAAGCAGGGCUGUGAGUUGGACACGGACAAGUCUAUCGCAAUUGACGCACAGCGUUGCAGCAUGUUCACGAACAGCCGAGAACCUUUCGGCUACAACGCCAGUAAGUUAUACCUCCUGACUGGAAGCUGCUGUCCCGGUGGCCGAGGUCUACUCUGCUUCUUCACCGAGAAAGGCGAUAUGCUAAUGGAGCACCUGGUGAAACUGAUGCAAUUGGCGGCCAGGGACCGCCGGAUCAUCGGCUCGCCAACUGACCAAUCAGCAACGCCCAGCGCACUGACCGCCCCCUCGGGUCAGCGUUCAAGCAGCGCCCGACUGGAGCUGGAACCGGCGCUUGUCAGCACAGACACUGUCGCCCAUUCCGCACCCACUACCCGGGCCUCCACACCCUCCGGC